GGGUUCGGGUCUGUUUGCGAGCGGAACAUCAACGACGCGCACAUGUGGCCACACAUCUCAGACUCCCAUCAACCCUUGCGGGUGUAUUUACAGUAGGAGCCGUGUGCUUUGUGCUAGAGUGACAUUAAAGUUGUUAAAAGGCUGAGAGAGGACGCUGAACCGGACGCUUCCUGCGCUCCGCCAGCUCAACGUAGCUCUCACGCUGUUUGACAACACCUCUCUGGUGCUGACAGGACAGUCUCACUUCCUGUCUCAUACGGGACAGGUCUACAGAGAGAGAGAGAGAGACAGACAGACAGACAGAGAGAGAGAGAGAGCUCGUUAUCAUGUGCUGAGGGGCACUUUGUUGUGAGCAGUGUCGGACAGUAGCAGCAGUGCAGGCUGGAGUCAGGAUGGGGCUUUUGGACAGAGCUGCUGCAGCUACCUGCGUGCUGACGCUGUGGCUCGGUUGUUUACACGUGAUCGCCCUCAAAUCACAACUUUUCACAAGGCUCGGCGGGUCGCCUUACUCCACUGAGACCCCCAUCAGCUAUGAAACACUUUAUUUUGACCAGAAGAUUGAUCAUUUUGGAUUCCUGGAAGAUGGCACCUUCAAACAGAGAUACCUUGUGGCUGAUAAACACUGGAAGCAGCCUGGAGGCCCUGUUUUGUUCUACACUGGCAAUGAAGGCGACAUCACCUGGUUCUGCAACAAUACUGGCUUCAUGUGGGAAAUUGCGGAGGAGUUGGGCGCCAUGCUGGUUUUCGCAGAACAUCGUUACUAUGGAGAGUCCCUGCCAUUUGGACCAGACUCGUACAGUGACAGCAAAUACUUGAACUACCUGACCUCAGAGCAGGCCCUGGCAGACUUUGCAGUGCUGAUUCAGGACCUGAAGAGCACUUUACCUGGAGCUCAGCAUAGCCCCGUCAUCGCUGUCGGAGGUUCCUAUGGAGGGAUGCUCUCUGCCUGGUUCAGGAUGAAAUACCCUAAUAUAGUUGUUGGAGCUCUUGCAUCCUCCGCACCAAUAUGGCAGUUCCCUGGUAUGGUGCCAUGUGGAGACUUCUACAAAAUAGUAACACAGGACUUUGCCAAAAGUGGGUAUAACUGUGAUGCAAACAUCAGAAAGUCGUGGAAAGCUAUCGAAAACGUCUCUUCUACUGCGGCUGGCCUUCAGUGGAUGUCAGAAGAAUUCAGUUUAUGCACCCCUCUUAAAAACAAAAAUGAGGUUUUUGGCUUCAAGAACUGGCUCCAGGAGACUUGGGUAAAUCUGGCUAUGGUAGACUACCCCUACGAAGCAAAUUUUCUUCAGCCACUUCCUCGUUGGCCGAUCCAGGUGGUGUGCAAGUAUCUUGCUUUCGAUUCCACCGUUUCUGACUACCAGCUGCUGCACGGUGUCUCCCAAGCGGCCAAGGUCUACUACAACUACACCGGAAGCUCUUCCUGUCUCAACACAUCUCAGACAGCAACCGGCAGCCUCGGUUUCCUCGGCUGGUAUUACCAGGCCUGCACCGAGAUGGUGAUGCCCAUGUGCACAGAUGGCGUCCAUGACAUGUUUGAACCUGAGGAGUGGAACUUCCAGGCCUUCUCUGAUGGGUGUAACUUCAUGUUUGGUGUCAGGCCGCGAGCUGACUGGGCUGGCACAGUCUACGGGGGGAAGGACAUCACCUCUCACAGCAACAUCAUCUUCAGUAACGGAGGACUUGACCCAUGGUCGGCUGGUGGAGUGACUUACAACAUAACAGAUUCUCUGGUUUCUAUUAUGAUUCCUGAUGGAGCCCAUCAUUUGGACCUCCGCUACAACAAUGACCACGACCCACCCUCAGUCCGCGCUGCACGGGCCUUAGAAGUGAAGUAUUUUCGAGAGUGGAUCAAGCAGGCUAAAAAGACAUCGACCUCUUAGGCCCUAAAAGAAGCAAAAUGUGACGCGACUGGGAUUGCCUAGUUUACUUUGCAUGCCAUGGUUUUUCACAGGGUGCUCUCGCUGUCAUACCAAAGUUUCUUUUUAAUCAGAUGAUUUUAUUAACAUUAAAUUACAUAUUUUUAUUUUAGAAAAUGAACAUUGCUCUUGAUUUUAAUAACAAUGCCAAUCACUUGAGGGUGUUUUUUUAAUCUUAAUCAUGUGGCCAUCAGUGCUGGAGUAUCAAACUACAAUUUUCUUUGACCCAGUUAGACACACUCCAUUGCUUUAUGCCAAACUUUAAAUGUAUAAAGGGCUUGGAGACAGAAAGGUACUGUAAAAUCUGAUCUGUUUGUCAUGAAAAAACCUUUGAUAACAAUGUUGUAGUUGUGAAUAUCUUUGGUUGUUUAUUCAUGUAAUCGCAUUAUCAUCAUCAAAAGCCUCGGCCAUUCUCAUUAUGUUUUUCCUCCCAUGUUAAAGUUACCAAAACUCUCUUUGCCUCUAAGCUUGUGUUUUUGUGUUUUCAGUCAGUGUUACAAUCAGGGAUACAUUCAGAGUUUUUCACAUCUUUAAAUUGGAUUUUUGACACAUUGAAAAAAGUUUUUUUGUCAGUCUUGUUGAUUUUGCCAUUGUUGUUGUUUGUUCUAUGUAUACUGUAAAAUGCUUAAGUACACCUAAAUAAGUCUCAGGAGAAAUGUUUGACACCAAAUAUAAAGAAAAUGUCCACUGCACUGAGUGUAAUAUUAAAUUUGCUGUUGCUCACAGGAGAA